GUCGUCGAAAAUGAUUCGACGAGAAUUUAAUCGGUCAGUGCGACUCCAUCGUAAGGAUGUGGAAUCGUAGCAGAAUAGUAAGCCUUAUGCGGACUGUUUCGCACGGCAGUUGUAGCUGUCCGGCGCAUUCGCGACUUGCCGUGGCGACAGGAUCCAGCCAGCAGUGUUCCUCUCCAGCAAAGAAGGACUAUGCAUUCGAGAUGUCAUCGUCAACGAUACGCUACGGACCGGGUGUUACCCGUGAGCUAGGACACGAUCUGCAGAACCUUAACGCCAAACGGGUUUGUGUAGUGACCGAUAAGAAUGUGGUAAGGCUGCCAUCGGUGAAGGCGGGACUGGAUUCACUGACCCGGCUCGGUAUUGACACCGUACUGUUCGACGAGGUGCGUGUUGAGCCGACGAACGAAAGCCUUCAGGUGGUGAUCGAUUUUGCACGCCAGCAUAACUUCGAUGCGUUUGUGGCAAUCGGCGGUGGUUCGGUGAUCGACACCUGCAAGGCAGCGAACCUGUACAGUGCCGACCGGGAUGCCGAAUUUCUCGACUACGUCAAUGCACCGAUUGGCAAGGCAAAGGAGGUGACCGCCCAGUUAAAACCGCUCAUCGCCGUACCGACAACUGCCGGCACUGGGUCUGAAACGACCGGAGUCGUCAUUUUCGACCACAAGCCACUGCACGCAAAGACGGGAAUUUCUAGUAAAGCCCUGCGGCCAACGCUUGGGCUGGUUGAUCCACUCCAUACACUCUCACAACCGGAGAAGGUGGCGGCGUACUGUGGGUUCGAUGUAUUCUGUCAUGCACUGGAAAGUUUCACCGCGAUCCCGUACACCGAGCGAGGCCCGGCACCAGCUAAUCCGAAACUACGACCACCGUACCAGGGCAGCAAUCCUAUCUCGGACGUGUGGGCUCGCUUUGCGCUCGAAACGAUCCGGAAGCACUUCCGGCGUGCAGUGUUCCACCCGGAUGAUCUAGAGGCCCGCUCCCAGAUGCACCUGGCGUCGACGAUGGCGGGCGUGGGAUUUGGCAAUGCGGGCGUUCACCUUUGCCAUGGGCUGUCGUACCCGAUCGCGGGUAAUGUGAAGAAAUUCAUACCCCAGGGUUACACCGGCGGGCAUCCGAUAAUUCCGCACGGGCUUUCGGUGGUUAUGACGGCACCGGCCGUGUUCCGCUUUACCGGUGGAAGUUGUCCAGAGCGGCACUUGGAGGCAGCGGAUAUUCUUGGAGCAGAUGUAUCAAAAAGCCACCGGAAGGACGCUGGCGCGAUCCUCUCAGAUAUUAUUCGGGAGUACAUGCACGAGUUGAACAUUGAGGAUGGACUAUCGGCGCUCGGCUUCGAAUACUCGGACAUUCCAGCGUUGGUCAAGGGAACUCUUCCGCAGGAACGGAUCACAAAGCUUGCACCCCGUGCCCAAUCGGAGGAAGACCUCGCUAAACUUUUCGAGGAUUCUCUCACCGUAUACGGUUGAAGUGAAGAUGUCCGAUGGCUGGAAAUAAAGAACAAACACA